AUGGAAAAUUAAUUUGAACUUGAGUAAGCCAUUAGCAAAUCCGAAGUCAUCCUUGAGAAAUGUCUUACCAUGAUGCGUCCAGAGGGACUGGAACAGUUCCAUUUCCGUAUUGAAGAAUAAUUUUAUAAAGUCAAACAAAAUAAAGUGCUUUUGAUUCACGAAAAAGAGGGAGAUGAUUUAUAGACAAUGAUCGCAUAUUGGAUUCAAGAACAUCAACAAAGAAAUAGAGACCUAAUUAUUCCAUAUAUUGUUGAGCACGAGAACUAAAACCAUUAUUAUGCCAUUUAUUACAUUUUAACUAAAUUAAGAGUACUUAUAUUGAAUACAUAGGCUGUCUUUAAUAUCACCUAAAAAGUUGAAUUAGAGAGUGAGAAAUUAAAAUAGUAUUUUGAAUAUUGGUUGAACCUAUGUUCAAGAGAAUUGGGCAAUCAACUAUACAGUGAUUGUAAAGUAGCAUACAAACGAGUAUAUCAUAUAGUAUUAUUGAGGGUCAUUAUCGUUAUUCAAGGCAUAGAUAAGUUUUAUAGUGGUGGCGAGGUUAGAGUGUCAUCUUGGUUGCCCAAAAUACUGCCUGAUAAUAUCAAACUCAUAGCUUCAGCCAGAUUUGGCAGUAAAGCUUAUGAAUACUAUUAAUCUAUUGGUAACCCCAUAAUUCCAAUGUAUAUCUUACUGUAUCAUUCUAGUGAAAAUGAGAGCAUAGAAAUUUGGGAUCUAAUUAGACAAAACCCUCAAAUUCAUAAUGCCCUAAUGCUUGUUCCUGAAUAAUUGCGUUGUCAGUUGCACUUUCUCAAAAUCUUCCACACCAUCCUAAGCAAUCCUUUAGAUGAAUAUGCAUAAUUAGUUUCAGAGGUGUUAUAAUAGGCAGAAAAAUUUCAGACUGAAGUAGAGUUCUUUACUAUCCUUAUUAAUUAGUUUUGUCAUCACAAUGCCAUUGCCUCAUCCAUCUUUUGUGUUCUUUCUUAUGUUAAUAAAGGUAUCUCAAUAGAUGAAGUGAUGGCCAGUUGUUCAUGCACUCAAGAACAAUUCAUCAAAGUCUAUGAUUUUUUCAAGAUCUGUUUCCUAGAGAAGAAUCUUGUCUAUUCUAUCUAUAUCCUUACUAUGAGAUAGGCAAUUUAAUAAAUCUAAUUUAACAAAAACCUUUAUGAUUAAUAUUUAUUGAUUAUUGAACAUUCAACCAACUCAACCAGAAAAUUGGAAGAACUCAUUCAACAAUAUAGUAAAAACAAAAAGUAUUUUAAACUCAAAGAAAUCAUAAUUAAUAUUGAGCAUUUCCUCAUUCUUUGGAAUCCCUACAAUAAAUUUGAAUUAUGUUAGUUAUGGGAAAUGCUUGAACAAAAUGGAUAUGAUUUGGUUAUGGAAUAUAAUAAGGCUGUCGAGAACUUCCAGGCUAUCUAUAAGCCUACGACUGAAGGACUCUUCUUCAUAAUGUUAUAAAUUUGCAUUUUUCUAAGAGAAUUUUCCAACUUCGAGAAAGAUGGCACUCCUGCCUAUAAACAUCCAUUACUGAGAGGUCAAUCAAUAGAAUUCGAGGAGGUUGGAUUAUAUGGGGAAUUAAGUCAAUUAAAAAUGCUGUCCAAGAAGAAACCAAAGUAACAAUUGAAUGAAGAUUAUUUCCCAACCAUAAUGAGUACUGUCUAAUUGGAGAAUCUUAAUUUGGACAUUAAAAACAAUCGGGAUAGCUUCAUUAAUUAUUAUCAAUCCUAAUUUGAUUCAAACGUUUUAUAAGAAUACUUACAAACCAAAUAAGACUUCUUAAGAGAGAAAUUGUUAUCCACUUCCAAAGUUCCAAAUCCCUAUUAUUAUAAGAGAUGGUUAUGGGUUCAAUUUCCAUGGUUGGCAUUAACUUAGAAAAAUAACUUCUCCAAACUUAUGCAGUUCUAUGGGAAAGACUCUACCUAAUAUAUGUCCAUUCAGGAAGAAAUAUAGAUUAAUCAAAAGGCAAUUCGAUUGGUUAUCAAUGCUAAGAGUUCUAAGGAUAAAUCUAUUCACAAAUUGCCUGAAAUAAAACAACGCUAUUAUAGUCCCACAGUGAAUAAGGAUGAGCCUGUUCGAAGAUUUAAUCAGUCUUUAGAAAAAAGUAUUGAUAGGGCUCCUUCUACAGGUAGAAGGGAAUUGGCUGAGAACAAAAAGAAGGUGCUCUAUGUUAAGAAAUACAAUUAAUUAUAGUAUUAGAACUAACAGUUGAAGAACAAGUUGAAGGAGUUGUAAACAGUUAAGUAGAAUCUAUACCCCCAAGAGGCUACAAUUGAAGCUUAUAGAUUGAAUGACUAAACCAAGACUUAGGGAGAUGAAUUGAAGAAGUAGAUGGACAAUUUGUAGGGAGUUUAGAAUGAAAUGAAAAGAAUGCAGACAGUUUUAAAGUUAUGUCAAUUCAAUUAAGAUUAGAAUGAAGAGAGAGUGUAGCAAUUAUUUAGACAUUGCAAGAAUUUGGAUAGGAUGAUAAAUGAAUAUAAGUAAAUAAUAAAGGAAUUGAGUGAUAAGUUAGGGGUUUACAAGCAAAAGAAUAAGGUAGAACCUAUUAAAUAAUAAUAACAAAAACAGCCUAUUUCUAAAUAGUUUAUGACAAUGAAGGAUUUGAGUUAAGCUAGUCAAAAAAAUAUGAACACUAAUGGAAAUAUCAAUUUGAAUAUGAAUACAGAUUAUAAGAUUAAAGUUACAUUUGAUAUAUAAGAUCAGAAUAAGAAUUUGAGACAUCAAUAUUCGAUUAAUAAUAAUUUAUAAUAGUAGGAUAAACUACGUGAAACUCAGACUAGACUGAUGUUGGAAUAAAUGCCAUCCAACAGAAUGAUCACUCCUGGAUAUAGAUUAUCACUCAAACCAAAAGGAGAUGUUAGUGAUCAAAUAGAUUCACACAUUUUAGAAUAGAUUAGACAUCUUAACACUUUAGGAAUUGCCAAUACUUACAACAACCCAACAUUCGAUGAAUUUCUAGGUCAUUUAACAAAAUAGAAUGAAUUAAAUCUGGAAGUCUAAGAAUGCUCAAUUAAAUUGAAUGAAGUAAGAAUUAAGAAAUAGGAGAAGUAAACGUUUUUGAAAAUCUUACAAAAAAAUGAGAAGCCUUAAGAUUAGAAAGCUGAACAGUUCAUAACAUCUGAUGAUGUAGAUAAAUUGAGAAGAGCUAAUGAUGCCAAGACUAUUACACUAAAGAAAUUGAAAUAGUAAAAGGCAGUGUAUAACUUUUUCCAUAACAACCUAUACAAAGAUAUAACCUAACAAUAACCUAAAUAUUUAGUUUGA